AUGGCUUCUAUCAGCACGAUACUGGAAGAACGAUGCUACAUUCGACUUGCCGACAGGAUCCCGUCUAAGAACGUCCUUAUCCUGGUGGUGCCAGAGGUCUGCAAGUUCAUCGACAACGUCUUCAACGUAGAACUAUUGCUUGAAGAUGAUGAAUAG